UCUACCAUCAUCAACUUUCUCAUUGACUAAAAUGUGGACAUAUCUUUAUAUAAUGUCAUUUCUCCUGAAGAUUUCUCAAUGUGAAGACCUCAUUUAUCAUGUAGAAGAAGGCAAGAUGCCAGGUACAUUAGUUGGUGACAUUGCAGCAGACACACAUUUGUUUGAUCGCAUACCUGUACAAGAUCACAAUCUACUUUGGUUCAGCCACUUAAAAGAAACUUUUAUCAAUGGAUCACAGUUAUUUAAUGUCUCUAAGACAGGUAAACUUUACACGUCUCAAAUAGUUGAUGCAGAUAUGCUAUGUAAAUUCAACACUGAAUGCUUCAAAAUGGUGGAUAUAGCAGUACGAAACGAAGAAUCUUUCGUCAAAAUAUUAGAAAUUAAAGUUGUUGUGGAAGAUGUCAACGAUCAACGACCUGAGUUUCCAGUCAAGCAAGUCAAUAUACAAUUUGAUGAAACAGAUGGCAAAGGAACUAUAAAAUUCGUUCCAACUGCUAAAGACAGAGAUGUGAGUCUUAUUAACUCACAAAUUACAUACCAACUGAAGAAAGAUAUAGAAAAAACAUUUUCAUUAUCAAUUACAAAAAAGACAGAUUCAACAAUUAAACUUGGAAUCGUUUUGGAAGGAGAAGUUGACAGAGAAAGGAAAGAUAAUUAUAAGCUUCAAAUUAUUGCUACAGAUGGAGGAUCUCCUUCAAAGUUUGGUGUUUUGGAUGUGAUAAUAACUGUUAUCGAUGAAAAUGAUAACUCACCAAUCUUUUCUCAAAAUCUUUAUAAUAUUUCUAUUAGUAACAGAAAUGAAAAAAAUAGACCAAUUACAAUAUUAUCUGCAAGUGAUGUAGAUUCAGGGGAAAAUGGCAAAGUCACAUACCACUUUAGCUCAAAAACUUCAAAUGUUGCAAAAUCAUAUUUUCAUUUGAAUGAGAAAACAGGAGAAAUAAUUCUAAAGAAAAAAGUUCCUUUUGUAUCCAAAAAGUCUUAUAAAUUAUUUGUGGAAGCUACUGAUGGGGGAAAUCCACCAUCGACUUCAACAGCCAUUGUAUUGGUUCAUGUAAAUAACAAUGAAAACAGUGCUCCUGUUAUUGAUAUUAACUUUAUUUCAAAAUCUACAGGAAACACUGCCAUUAUUUCAGAAGGAGUGAAAAUUAACAGUUUCAUAGCUUACGUAAAGGUCACAGAUAAUGACGUUGGAAUGAAUGGCAAAAUUAUAUGCAAUCUUCGUCAUGAUAAAAUUCAGCUUCAAAGUCUAGGAAAGAAAAAAUACAAAUUAGUUGUAAAAAAAUCAUUAGACAGAGAAACAGAAAGCCAUAUUGAUCUCACGAUUUCUUGUGAAGACAAAGGAUUUCCACCAUUACAAACGGAUCACAGUUUUUCAAUCCAAGUUAUGGAUAUUAAUGAUAUUCAACCACAAUUUACAAAAGCUACAUUCAGGUUUUCAGUCUAUGAAAAUGAAGAACCUAAGUUCUCAAUAGGUUUUGUCAAUGCUACAGAUCCAGAUCUUGUUGCUGGAUCUCAGUUAACCUACUCUCUUAUCGGCUCUAAUAGACAUAUUCCAUUUUCCAUAUCUGAUUUUGGUUUUAUUUCAACUACUCAGUCACUUGACCGCGAAAAGCAAGAUCUUUAUCGGUUUAAAAUAAUGGCUAAAGAUAAUGGAAUACCUUCUCUUAACAACACAGCUAAUGUUGUUGUUGAAGUUAUGGAUAAAAAUGAUAAUGCUCCCUAUUUUACUUUCCCUAGUUUUAACCCUUUCAAUCUAGAUGUCCACUACCAUCCACAGAGUAAGAGUGACAUCACAACAUUAAGAGCCUCUGACAGAGACAGUCAUGUUAAUGCCUUCCUCAAGUAUGAAAUACUUGGAGGUAACAACAAGCAGUUAUUUACAGUCAACCCUUACACAGGAGUUUUGUCAUUCUCUCGAACGGUUUACCAAAACGAUGCUGGAUCAUAUAAUCUGAUAUUAACUGUCAAAGACAAUGGCAUACCAGUUUUAUCAGCAACGACCACACUGUCUUUGACACUAACUGUUAGCAAUACAACAGCCAGAAUGUACAUCUCUCAAGACACAGAAUCAGACAACAGAAUUCAUAUUAACUUGAUGAUUAUUAUAGUAGUAGCAGCAGUGAUAGUUUCUGUUGCUAUUGUUGUAUCUUUCAUUAUGUGUAUAAUCCAAAGGAAAAGCACAAAGGAUAGUCGAUUUACUGGGAGUGUAGGCACACAUAAUGACAUUUUAAAUGAAAGGAGACAGUCUGAAUAUACUUGUGAAGAAAUAUCUCCUAAAUAUGAUAUUCCAAUUACUAUGUUAGCUUGCACUGAUAACUUUCCGACAACUCUAAUAAGAGAGCCACACUCUCAAUAUGAGACUAAUCACUGCUGGGAAGGAUCUUCCAUAGGGAAACACAGCAAAACUAUUUCAAAACGGGCACACCCUGAAAAUGCAGACAGUAGAGAUUUUAUCAAGGGAGGUAAUGGUCCUUUCAAUGAAAUGCCAACAAUCUCUGGACAUGCUGAGAGUGAACAUGGCUGGAGUGAGAGAGCUACUGUCCAGUAUGAAACUUUGCCAGGUCAUAUUUCCUCCAAAGCUGAGCAAUUCCAAAACAAAGAUAGGAAAUCUUUCCUGCAGAAACUUCAUAGACCUAAAGGUAUUAAUAUAUUUAUCGGUACUCCCUCCCAAUCAUCAAAUUUUGGUCAGAAAAACCCAAGCAAUGACGUUAUUGAUUUAAAAUCUUCACGAGAAAAGAAUGAUACACCUAGCAUAUCAUCACAGCCAUGGAAUUUACCUAUGAAGAACAGUUUCACCGCUUAUGCAAAACCUUUACCAUCUCUACCAAAGGUUUUGUGAAUCCAUCUCUCAAAAAUCUUUCAUAACUGAUGUUUACUAAACACAUGUACAAAGUUCAAUAUUUCCUUCAUAAAAUUUUGCAAUAAAUCCUUUUAUUCAUGCUUCUACAGAACAAGAUUUUUAUAUUUUCAGAACUUGAGCAUUUCAAAUGGAAACACCUGUAUAUAUAUAACCUGUAAAUUAAUGUAAUUAUUCAUCAAAUGUUGUUUGUGGACAUGAACGAGUCUGUAUUAACUUAGAAGUAGUUGGUAUUUAUUUGAGGUUUUGUACAUAAGUUACCGAAGCUCACUACGAGAUAAAAAUUUGGUUUCUUCUAAAAUAUUUUUACUGUUUUGGCUUUUGAUUGAAAAAGAAAAGAAAAACUGAAUGAAAUUAUUGAGAAUCAUAUGUUAUAAUAAGUUUAGUAGUAUUUUUGGUAAAAAAAAUUCUUUUUUCUUUUUCUUUUACUAAAUGCAAUAAAGCACAUUUAUUUUAAGAUCAUAUUAUUUAUACAAAUUCUCCAUUUUGUUCCAGAAUAAUCCAGGUAUGUUUUACAUCAGUCUGUAGAGUGUAAAUAGUCUGUUAUGUUAAAUGUAUUUCUGGAUUGUGAAAAACUGGGGGAAAAAUCAAUUUUUUGAUGAGUAGAUUUCUUUGUGUUUGACUUAACAAGAAAAAAAAAAUUCUCUGUUGUUAGUAAAAAAAAGCUAUUAAUACAUAUUAUUUUUAUGAAAGGAAUUCAGACAGGAAAAAUUGGAGUUGACUGCAAAAAUAACUAAAUUAACCAACAAUUCGUUAUUUGACAAAAGAUGAUUUGUAUCUGUAAAUUAACAGCAUGAAAUAAAGUUGCUCAAAACAAAUGUU